AUGGCUUUCCAACCGCCGCCGCAAGCGCCGCCGAUAUUCACGCACUCGCCCGAAAGCUUGAGCAGCAAAACAGAGCAAGUGAUUGCUUGCAACAAAGAAUUGGUAGAUAACAUUGUCAAAAAUGUCUCGGUGGAAAAGGCAGAAUUCUCGAAUGUGCUGCUUCCAUUUGUCCAAGGGAGGAGUGCCAUGUCUCUUGACAUGAAUCUCAUUGGCUUUCUUCGGUCUGUAACCUCAGAUGCAAAAAUUCGCGAAGCGUCAGCUUCAGCCGAGAAGACAUUCAGCGACUACACCACUGAAUCUUCCAUGCGCGAAGAUUUGUACCUGCUCGUCGAAGCUAUCUACCGCAAGCAAAAAGACGACCCCGCGCUAGAUGCAGAAAGUCGAUUCCUUCUGGAGAAGGAGUACAAAGCCUAUAUGCGCAUGGGUUUUGGCCUACCCCCUUCAAAGCGUGAUCGCCUUCAAGAGAUCAAGAAGCGAUUGCCGGAGCUCUACAUUGCCUUUUCCAAGAAUCUCGGGAAGAAAAAAGAAGGCAUAUGGUUCACACCAGAGGAGCUUAGCGGUGUUCCAGAUGACCUUCUCGAGACACUUGAAAAAGGCCAAGAAUCAAGCGAAAACGAGGGCAAAAUGAAACUGACAUUCAAACCCACGGAACUGCGUACCGCGCAGAAGUAUUGCACGGUCGCAGAAACUCGAAAGAAAUUAUUUUUGGGCUAUGAGAACCAAUGUCAAGAGAACCUCAUCUUGCUCCAGGAAGCAAUCCCGAUUCGCGAUGAGGCUGCGCGGAUGUUGGGCUAUGCCGACCAUGCGACUUUUGUCCUUGAAGACAGGAUGGCCCAGACGCCCAAAACUGUCAAUGACUUUCUGGACGACCUGCGAAAGAGACUGGCAAAUGGCGCCCAAAACGAGCUUGAAAAGCUCAAAGAGCUGAAGCGCAGUGAACCAGGUUGCGUGGACCCAGAUCGCUACUACAUCUGGGAGCAUUCAUACUACAGUACACUGAUGCUGGAACGCGAUUUUCAGCUGGACCAGAAAAUGGUUUCAGAAUACUUUCCACUGCAGACUUGCCUGGCACGUAUGCUCAACAUCUUUGAGGAACUAUUUGGGCUUGUUUUUGUGCAGGUUGAAGGCAGGGACCGGGAUGUCAUCUCGGAGACUGGAAACGGCGACGAUAUUGUGUGGCACCCAGAUGUGCAACUCUUUGCGGUAUGGAAUGAUGCCAACGAGUACAAUGGCUCUGCCUUUGUCGGGUAUCUCUAUUGCGAUCUCCAUCCGCGUGAGGGAAAAUUUGGAGGCGCUGCCAACUACACCUUGCAGCAAGGCUUUUCCACAGACAAUGGCAGCGGUCGCCACUACCCUGCAACAGCGCUGGUGUGCAACUUUAGCGAACCGACUGCCAAAAAGCCAUCCUUGCUAAAGCACGGUGAAGUCGUCACCAUGUUUCAUGAGCUCGGGCAUGGCAUCCAUAAUCUCGUCUCGCAGACGAAGUAUGGGCGCUUGCACGGCACUAAUACAACGCGUGACUUUGUCGAGGCACCGUCCCAAAUGCUCGAAAAUUGGUGUUGGAUAUCGUCACAAAUCCAGGCACUGAGCAAGCAUUGGUCCUACCUUUCGACCGAGUAUGAAAAGUCUUACAUGGACAGCGGCCCCCAUGCCACUGCCACGCGCCCCGAGGAGAAGAUGCCCGAAGCAAUGGUGCAGUCCAUUAUCCGCACGCGAUAUGUCAACGAUGCUCUUCUUAACCUGCGCAUGCUGCAUUACAGCAUUUUUGACAUGGCAAUCCACCAGCCCAAGUCACAUGAGGAAGCCCUCAACAUGGACGUGUCUAAAUUGUUCAACAAACUCCGCCACGACAUGUGCAUGGUGGACGACAUGGGUGAUACAGACAACUACCACUGGGCUCACGGCGCGGCCAUAUUCAGCCACAUAAUGGGAGGUUACGAUGUCGGAUUGUACGGUUACUUGACGUCCCAGGUGUACGCUACAGAUAUGUUCCGCACAGUAUUCAGCAAGGAUCCAAUGAACAAGCAGGCAGGUAGACGGUACCGAGACAUUGUGCUCAAGCCUGGUGGCAGCCGCGAGCCGAUGGAUCUGUUGAGGGAGUUUCUGGGCCGCGAACCUUCGAAUGAAGCGUUUUAUGAAGAGCUGGGUAUUGCUUGA